UGCUCUAAUGUGCCUUGUUCGGACGGUUGUCACCUUUCCAUGCAAGUUUGAAUUGAAACCUUCUACCUCGUCAAUCGUCAUCUUCCACACUAACUAUUCCCUACGCAUGCUUCGCGCAAGACAUGUCCAUAUCCAUGUCUCACCUUCCACACACAAGAACUUCAUCCAACAACUACCUCUACUAUCGUUCCUUUCAUACUCUCGACUCCUUCUCAGCACUCUCAGUUUCUCCCCUCAUCUUCAACAACCACUUCUACAAAUGGCCCUUUGCGGCCACGACAUGAAGUUCAAAGGCUACAACGCACUCUUGAACGAGUGCGUGAGCAAGAGGGCCUUAAGAGAAGGCCAGAGAGUCCAUGCCCACAUGAUCAAAACUCGUUAUCUUCCUUCUGUGUUCCUCAGGACGAGGUUGAUCGUGUUGUAUACGAAAUGUGACUCUUUAAGAGAUGCUCGGCACGUGUUCGAUGAAAUGCCUGAACGGAAUGUGGUGUCGUGGACGGCUAUGAUUUCAGCUUAUUCUCAGAGAGGGUAUGCCUCUCAAGCCUUGAAUCUUUUUGUCCAGAUGUUAAGAUCAGGGACAGAACCUAAUGAGUUCACUUUUGCUACAGUGCUUACGUCAUGUACAAGUUCUCUGGAUUCCAUGCUAGGGAGGCAAAUCCACUCUCUUAUCAUAAAAUCAAAUUAUGAUGCCCAUGUUUAUGUAGGAAGCUCACUCCUUGACAUGUAUGCCAAAGAUGGUAAAAUUCAUGAAGCUCGAGGCAUUUUUGAAUGUUUGCCAGAAAGAGAUGUUGUUUCCUGUACUGCUAUAAUCUCUGGAUAUGCUCAACUGGGUCUGGAUGAAGAGGCAUUGGAUCUUUUUCGCCAGUUGCGAGGAGAAGGAAUGCAAUCAAAUUAUGUUACUUAUGCUAGUGUUUUAACUGCCCUUUCUGGGCUUGCUUCUCUAGAUCAUGGCAAGCAAGUGCACAACCAUGUUCUUCGCUCUGAAGUUCCCUCAUAUGUAGUUCUUCAAAACUCUUUGAUUGACAUGUACUCAAAAUGUGGAAACCUCACUUACUCAAGAAGGAUAUUUGAUACCAUGCAGGAGAGAACUGUUAUGUCUUGGAAUGCAAUGCUGGUCGGGUAUGGAAAACAUGGAGAGGGAAGAGAAGUGCUUGAGCUGUUUACUUUAAUGAGAGAAGAAAACGAAGUAAAACCUGACGGUGUCACAAUGUUGGCUGUGUUAUCUGGCUGCAGUCAUGGAGGAUUGGAAGACAGAGGACUUGAUAUUUUUUACGAUAUGACCAGUGGAAAAAUUGGAGUUGAGCCAAAGAAGGAGCACUAUGGGUGUGUUGUUGAUUUGCUUGGCCGUGCCGGUCGAGUAGAAGAAGCGUUUGAAUUCAUAAAAAAGAUGCCUUUUGAACCAACAGCUGCAAUAUGGGGUUCCCUUUUAGGUGCUUGUAGUGUUCAUUCAAAUGUUGACAUUGGUGUAUUUGUGGGUCAUCGGCUUCUAGAAAUUGAGCCUGGAAAUGCUGGAAAUUAUGUUAUUCUGUCUAACUUAUAUGCUUCAGCAGGAAGAUGGGAAGAUGUAAGAUCACUAAGGGACAUGAUGUUGAAGAAGGCAGUGAUGAAAGAGCCUGGAAGAAGCAGGAUUGAGCUUGAUCAAGUACUUCAUACUUUCCAUGCUAGUGAUCGUUCUCAUCCAAGAAGAGAAGAGGUCUAUAUUAAAGUGAAGGAAUUAUCAGUUAGAUUUAAAGAAGCUGGUUAUGUUCCUGAUUUGAGUUGUGUUUUACACGAUGUGGAUGAGGAGCAGAAGGAGAAGAUACUUCUCGGCCAUAGUGAAAAGUUGGCCUUGUCUUUUGGACUAAUUUCUACUCCAGAAGGUGUGCCAAUCCGUGUCAUUAAAAAUCUCCGUAUUUGUGUUGACUGCCAUAAUUUUGCUAAAUAUAUCUCAAAGAUUUAUGGUAGAGAAGUGUCUUUGAGAGAUAAAAACCGGUUUCAUCAAAUUGUUGGAGGAAAAUGUUCCUGUGGAGAUUACUGGUGAGAAGAUUUUGAUAGAUAGCACUUAAUUAACAUCUAAGGCGCAUGAAAAAAAGGCUCUUGAUCUUCGGUCUUUGAUUUGUGUUAGGACUGAAAUUUGGCUUGCAAUUAAGUAGUAGUGUAGUAUGAAAUUCCUCCAAGAAAAAUGGACACAGAGAAAUUAAUGAACAAGGAAGUGUCAACUGACCAAUAGUGCAAUGUAAUUUGAGAGGAUCCAAAACAGCAUGUAUUAAAAUGCUUCACAAUGCUCCUUUGUCUUCUCUGCUGUGGAUUUUCAUGUUAUUCUCUUCACAAUGCUCAUGGCUUCACAGCCUGUAGCUCUUUCAUCUCUGCCAGGGCUUCGCCUAUUGUUCUCUUUUGCUCUUGGGGAACUCAUCUAAGAUGUACUCUAGGUAUUCAUAUAUAUUCUCGAGUUUGUCCAUUUUGAUCUUUGAUUUUCUUAAUGUGUUACAUUUGAAAGCUUCCUCGGUAAGCGAUGUUGUGAUAGCGAAGACUUGGGUUCUUUUAUUGAAUGUUCUACAUAGGAUUUUUUGUCACGAGUAUAUUGUCAAUGAAGUUGUUGAACUUGAAAUGUUGCUUA